ACUAGUGCAGAAAAGAUAAGAUUAAUUGCAAAAAGGAAAACAAAUGAAAAUAUUCAUACAUGGAGUAACUUAACUAUAAUAAAACAACGUAGCUGAUUAACUUUAUAUAUAUUUCCCGAGAAAAUUCUCUCCAGAGUGAUAGAUAUUGCAAUUCCAGAAGCCUGAAAAAUGAUUUUUGCCCUACAAAAUGACUGAGUUCCUAGACGAAAAUAAUGCCUGUGGCCAGAAUCUGCUGAACAUUGUGUCGGUGGGAAAUUCUAUAAUAGCAGAGAUCCUGCGCCUCAAGGACUACGUACCCAGUAUUUAUAGAUUGGAGACUAAGGCAGAUAAGGCAAAAUAUGGCGAGAUUAUUCUGGAUUUCAGCUACUUUAAAGUGGCCGAGGAUCACGAGAAGAAGAUCGAACAGAGCCUGAAGCUGACCGAAUUGGAUGACGAGGUGCGUGCCCAGCUUCCACUGAUCACCCGGUUUUAUCUGGCCUUCCAAAGCAUCCACCACUAUGCAUCCGAUCUGCAUCAAUAUAUCGAGGAGCUGAACAGUGGCUACUAUAUCCAGCAGACAUUGGAGACUGUUCUCCAGGAGGAGGAGGGCCGGCAACUGCUCUGCGAAUCCCUGUAUUUGUUUGGCGUGAUUCUCCUUCUCCUCGACUUCCACCUUCCGGGAGAUGUGAGAGAACGCCUGCUGAUAGCCUACUAUCGCUAUAGUGGAGGAGAUGCCACGCCCAGCGGAGAUGAGAGUAAUAUCCAUGACGUUUGCCUGCUCCUUCGAUCCACAGGCUAUACGCAUCCCUCGGAGGCAACUAAAGUGCUGAGCUUGGGUGGCAAACAGGCGGCUGCUGCAGCUGCGAGCCUGGUAGUUCCCAGGUAUCCGGAGGCCUAUUUCUCGCGCUUCCGUUUCGAUGAGAACUUUGUGGAUCUGGUGGUGGCCCGCCUCCGUUGCGAUGAUAUAUACAACCAGCUGACCCUGUACCCGCAUCCUGCUCAUCGAUCCACGGCUUUGUCCACUCAAGCGGCUAUGUUGUAUGUGUGCUUGUAUUUCAGCCCAAAAGUUCUCCAUUCCCAAGGCUCCCAGAUGCGUGAGAUUGUGGACAAGUUCUUUUGCGACAACUGGACUAUAUCCUUGUACAUGGGCAUCACCGUUAAUCUGGUGGACGCCUGGUUGGAUUUUAAAGCUGCUCGAUCUGCAAUAGAAAAUGUGAUAAAUCCGGCUGCGAUAAAACCCCUCUGUCAGCAGCAAAAGGAGCAGUUAGGCAAGAUCCUGCAAAAGACCCAAGAGAUUGUUCGUGAAGGAGUCCUGAGUGAUGACUUUGUUUUGGAACAUGUGAACAAAAUCAUACUGAUGAUGCGGCAGUCGAAUGUCCUGCUCCGCUGGUUUUGCCUUCACACCUCAACGGAAGUUUUCGUAUUUACUUACACAGCCACUCUACCAGGACAAGUUCAACAAAUGGUGCUCCAAGAACUUCAGUUCGAUAGGAAUAAGCUGUAUCACCUGCUGCUCAACUGCAGCCAAAUGGAGCUGAGUGUGAGGGAAUUCCUGACGGAGAUUCAGCAGACUAGAGAGGAUCGUUGGACGAAGAGUAGGGAGGAGGCCAUGCAGAGGCUAAAGGAGUUAAGUGAAGCCUUUGCCGGCUCCAGACCUUUGACCAAGAUCGAGCAGAAUCCGCAGUUGCAGCAGUGGUUUGGAGAAGUGGCAGGACGUCUGCAGAAACUCGAGUUGAGCAGGCCACAAAAGUCCGGAAGGCUGAUCAUUCAGGUGAUGCAGGCACUGGACGAGGUACAGGAGUACCACAAUCUUCAUUCCAACAUGCUGGUUAAGCAACAGCUGCAGGAGACACGGGACAUGCUGAAUCGAAUGGCGCAUUUAAUCAACCUGAAAGAAGAUAUUGAGAUCCAAAUCCAGAUGAUCACCGAUUUCAGCUACGCCUGGCAUCUUCUGCAACGCGAUUUUACGCCCCUGAUGCAGGACCACAUCAAGCGACAACCGCAGGCGGUGAUCGGAAUUCGGUCGGUAUUCCUUAAGCUGGCCAGCACCCUAGAGGUGCCGCUGAUGCGAAUCAAUCAGGCCAGGAGCGAGGAUCUAGCCUCUGUAUCCAACUACUACAGCACAGAGCUUGCCAACUUUCUACGACGUGUUCUGCAAAUCGUUCCAGAGACCAUGUUCAGCAUUUUGGCAAGGAUCAUCUAUCUGUUGACGAACGUGAUCAAAGAGUUUCCCACUCGAGUAGAAAAGGAGCGUCUGAAAGAUUACGCACAGUUCGAGGAAAGGGCCAAGGUUGCUCAACUAACCAAUUCCAUAGCCGUUUUCACUAAGGGAAUCCUCAUGAUGAAAACGACACUAGUGGGAGUAAUCGAACUAGAUCCUAAGCAACUACUGGAGGAUGGGAUACGCAAGGAGCUGGUGAAUCACCUGGCCAAUGCCUACAAUCUAGGGCUGAUUUUUACACCGGAAAAAGGGAAAACUCCUGUACAACUCCUCCAACAAAAACUGCAAGCAUUGGCCAAAACAAUAGAAGGAUAUCGCAGAUCAUUUGAAUAUAUAGAGGACUAUUUGAGAGUCCAAGGACUUCGUAUCCUGCUGGAGGAAUCCCAGCGCAUCAUCAACUACAAUGUGGAGAAGGAGUGCAAUAGCUUUCUAAAAAAAAAAGUGCAGGAAUUUCAAUCGGAGCACCAAAGUCAGAUAAUUCCCAUUCCCAACUUCCCGCCGCUUUUAGGAGAUCCUUCUAACAAUUUUAUUGGACGGCUGGCCCACGAGAUCCUGCGCUGCACGGAUCCAAAAAAUACGAUUUUUCUGGACUACAAGAGCACUUGGUAUGAGAAAAAAGCUCCACACCAGGAAGUUUUAGCCGGUUCUGGAUUCUUUGGAAUACUACGAGAAGCUUUGGCACCGGCAGGAAUGGUUGGAUUGGAGCACCUCUACGCGCAUAUGUUAGCGGAUGAGUUGAAGCGCAACUUGGAAAGGCUACAACGAAACCUAAUUUCGGAUCGUAUGUGGGUGGACGCUUUAGCCAGCCUUACUCGCGAACUGGAGGCACGGGACUUUCCAACGCCCGAUGUGGCCAAGCAACCGUUGAAGUAUUAUCAAGCGUAUACACAACGCUGGCUUAAGGUGUGGCCCACGCUUUUAGACUGGGUGCUGUCCAUCGGCCAGAAGCAGUUGCUCCGCCGGGAGAUCGCCGGAGAGCUAAGCUUCAGCAGCAAAUGUGAUGCCAAGCUGCUGGAGAACACGGCUGAUACUCUAAACAAGGCUCUUUUGUUGGAACUCUCCCUCAGCAAGGACCUCUGCGAUGAGCAGGGCGUAGCUAUGCUGAGCGAGCUGCAGGAAACCCUCCUCUAUACAGGCAACUUUGAGCCCCUGGAGCAGGUCUUCCUGGUUACCAAGAACACUCACAACAUGUCGCUGUUUCUGUUUCUCUUCACUAUGGCCCAUUUGGGUCGUCUGCAACAUUCCACGAAUACCGAUUGUCUGUUGCCGAAAUCAGCUAAAGAUAACAUUGACAAUGUGCCUUUUAUUGUGGGUCUACUUACGAUCCUGCAACAAUACCACAAAAACGUUAAGAUGCUGUAUAUAUCCUACAUGAGUCAGUAUGUGGUGACGGUAUCGGAGGCACAAUUAUUGGAUAAGGAAAUCCUGGGCCCCGAGGUGGUUACCGCCCUACAUUUUCUGCUAGCCUUCAUACGCAUUGCUCGUUUACCUCUGAGAGUACUGGAGCAGCGCAUUCCCAACAUGAUACUCAGCGAGUACGAGUACUUAUCGACACCACUAAAAUGAGGACUAACAUUCAGUUUGGGCUACACAAACUUUAAUAAAUCCGAAAACAUAACAAGGAAA